CUGCGGGGCGCUUGUCUCACGCCAUCACUUUCCCCGCAUUCCUGACGCUGUGCUCGACGUCGACGACGUCUUCACGGCAAUCGUGGCCUCCCGCAGCCUACCAUCGAUGACAACGAACCCAUCGCACAUCCUCAUCGCCAGAAACUCUCGCGGCGCCAACAACCCAUCCGCGUCCCUCAGCCCCGCUGAGACCCACGCCGCUGCCGCUGGCAUCUUCCGCUCGUCGGGCUCGCCACCAUGGUUCCUGCAGGAAUGCGAGGCGGACGAGGUCAUGUCCGAACUGAGCAUUGACGAGUCCGAGCAAGCUAUCGAGCUCGACGAGACGUUCACGAAGAACAGCAAGCUGCCCGGCAACAUCAAGAUUGUUGUGGAGAGCACCACGUUCUGGGCACACAAGGAGGUUCUCUUCUUUGCGUCCCCCUUCUUUGAGGCUGCGCUUAGCGGCAAUUGGGCCGAGACGGGUCGCCCACCAUCCAUGUCCUCCGUCAUCACGAUCUCCCAGCCCCCCUCUAUCCCUGGCGACAAGAACAACCCACAAGCGCCAACUGAGAUGACCUUCGCGCCAGUGGAACCGGAUAUUGACUCUGAUGUUGAGCCUUCCGCGGAUGUGGAUGCGGGCGGCACCAGCGAAAGCGACAGCAGCGAUGCCGAAGACAGUCCUGGUGACGACAAGAAUGCUGCCCGAGACGAGACCCUUGCCAAGCUUCAAGCACCCGGCGGUCGUGCAGAGUCAAGCUCUCAGGGACCGUUCAUCCGCGUGCCUUCCAAUAUCAGACGACGCUCACCAGACGCCGUUAUCGUUCUCAAGGAAGAGCGAGCAAGCACCUUUCAAGACUUCCUCCGUUAUGUAUACCCCCAUCUGGAAUGCACUAUCACCUGGAACAACGUCGAAAACCUCAUGAACAUCGCUCACAAACUAUGCGUACCCUCGCUACAACGCGAGUGUCUACAUUUCUUGAUCACUCACGCCGCCGGUCGCCCUAUCAAGGCCAUGCGCAUCGCAGAAUUGUUCGAGGAGGAGGAACUCUAUCGCGAAGCUAGCCGCUUUCUGCUUGACAACCCAGGUGGUUGGCCAGACCACGAGCUAAACACGCUAAGCCCGGAGACCCUCCUCAAGCUAGAAAAGCGACGAAACUGGUUUCUCGAACGCGUCCUGAAGUUAGGGCUGGUGACCAUGUCAAAGGAGUACCAAUGCUGUUCAACGUGCCCAGAUCCUGCCGUCUGCGCGCGCUUGCUGGAGGAGAAGUGGCGGCAAGCGUAUCAAUCGGCGUUCCGCUUUGGACCUCCGCAGCCGUCUAUGGUCUACCGUUAUCUGCGCAUGCUCGAGGGCGUGAGCCCGCCACUGGCAUUGACGCACUUGAGCUGUCAGACCAGCGCGAAGGCCUUUGUGGCAACCCGCUUCGACAGGAUGUUUUCGUUGGGCUUGCGAGGAAGCGCAGUGGAUGCGGCGCCGCUUGCGCGCGCCGCAGCAGCGGUCGCUAGUACAGCGACGGCUGGACCAAGACGACACUUCCUGUAUUGUACGCUGAAGACGGAGGGCCCGACGAAGACACGCAAGUCGAUGUCGUAGGUGGAGUGUGAUGUGGUACGUUGGAUUUAUAAUUAUGUCUGCACGAUUUAGGCUCGGAUCUGCUAUCUCGCUACAUUAGAUUAGGAUUGGACAUGACAUGCUUUGGAUCCCAUCACUCGUAUUUGUGUCCCGCGCAAUACCAGUGCGCCCAACAAGUAGCGCGGUUAGUGUCGACGCAAUUGCAUAUCAACUCAGACUACGAGUAUGA